CCUUGAGGCCCGCUUUAAUGCCUUCAAAAUACCCGAAUCAAAUUUCCUGGUGUUCGAGGCGAAUGUGCGAACGUGCCGUGACGGCUGCCAACCGGCGUAUUGCUCCGGUGGUACCGGUAGAAGCGAGCCGUCCUUCGGUAGACGGCGAAGGGACGUAAAUAACGAUACGGUAGCGGAUGAAGACGAAAUAACGUCGCCGAUAACCGUGACGGACGGUGACACCGAGAACGCAUCGACGACGAUUUUUAACGCGACCGGCAUCGCGGACGAUGAGUCCGAGAACGAAGAGGACGAGGACGAGGAAGAGGAAGAGCAUGUCAGAGAAAUGAUAGAGGUUCUCGAUUCGAGAAUGGACAUCGAAGAUGAAACUAUCGUUGAAAGACAAACUAAGAUCCCGGAAAAUAUUUGUAUAACUCAAAACGAAUAUUACGGAUUAGUUACGGCAGUGGGAAUCCUCGUCGUUCUCUUGGCGUCCGUCGUUCUUUUGUCUAUGCUCGUUUACAGAAAAUACGUUUAUUCCGUGAUCAUGAAAAAUCGUAGACUCGACAAAACCUGCAACCGCAGCAGCCAUUCCGAUGAGCCGUAUAGCAGCCGAGUCAACAACUUUUCUUUCAUGAGGACAGGUCUUCAAAAACCAUUUCAAGCUUCAUCGAUCUCGAGAUCAAUGAGCAACGCCAUCAGCCAACGUUUCGCCUCAUCAUCUACCGCUCUGGAGGGUGCUGUGGGAUUAUCUACUGGACGACGCAGCGGUUUUGAUCCGAGCGAACCGAUCUACACCGAUCCCUCGCUCUUCGAGGUCACCCGUUGCUCGAACACCACGAAAUCGGCCCUCAACGACAACUUUCAUCUUAUGUAGAACAAAUACUCAAGAAGAUCGAUCUUAAAA